ACAUGGUUUCGUUUGGAUUCGUCUUGAGCCAUCGCUUUGUCUGAUUCGAGCUAGUCUCUUCCAAGUACCUUUAGUGCUGGUGUGCACUAGUAUGACGUCGAUGGUAGAAUAUGGCGGGGCAACUUGAUAAGGUUAGAUCAAGAAUGGCUCUGACCCCUGUCUUCCUUGGCGACCGGUCUGCCUUCAGCUGCAACUCCGACCUCUCUAAACGAAGUCGGAUCUUCGUCGGUGUGCGGACCAUCACGCAUCCGACUCUGUCGGAGUCAUCACAAGUACACGCCCGAAACACAUUAAAUACAGCCAUGUUACCCGAAUCGACACCAAUCUUGAUUGUAGGCGCUGGUCCUACCGGUCUUGCAUGUGCUAUAUCGUUAGUCACCAAUGGCGUUAGGCCUCAAGACAUUACUAUUGUGGAUGCUCAGGCUCAAGGUCUGAAUUGGUCGCGCGCUCUCGUUAUUCAUGCUAAAACCCUUGAGGAACUUGAUACCGUCGACUGCGCUGACAUGCUGGCCGACCGCGGGACCCACUCUUCACAUGUAUCCAUACGCUCGAAGAGCACCGUCCUACUUAAGGCCAACUUUGAAAGUUUAGCUUCGCGCACCCGCUUCCCUUUCGCUCUCCUAGUUUCCCAAGCAGACACAGAACACUACCUCGAGGAGCGGCUGAAGCAUUUGGGGGUUAUUGUUCGUCGUCCUCAUCGACUUGUCAACAUCGAAGGUGCUGAUGAGGGAGUCCGAGCUACGUUUGAGGGAGGGGAAGUGGUCAAGGUUCGAUAUCUUGUUGGCGCUGACGGAUCGCGGUCAACAGUCAGAAGGUUGGCAGGAAUACCGUUUAAAGAUCCUGUAACUGGUAAGGAUCCUCAUAGUGAAGAAACGAGAGGGGAAGUCAGCACCGAGAGACCCGUUAACGUUGCUGUUGCGGAUGUUCACCUAUCCGGGGACAUUCCCGUUUCCACUGAUGGCAACCUAUUCUUUGGUCGACUCGGCAUGCUUCUAUUUGUUCAACUCCCUCCUCCUCUCAACGGAACUGAUUUGCGAUCGGUAUAUCGGCUGGCAUUCCCAGUACAGCCAGGCACUAAGGAUGUCACUAAAAAGGUACUUAUGGAAUAUCUUCGAGUUGGCCUCGGUCGCCCAGAAGCCGAAUUGCCGACUAUUGAUUCCAUCAUAUUCUCUUCGACUUUCCGCAUUCGCUUUGCCGUUGCAGACAGGUUCUCACAGAGCAUUGGCGGAGGGGAAAUAGCACUAGUUGGUGAUGCUGCUCACAUCCAUGCUCCUAUAGGAGGGCAAGGCAUGAACCUUGGUAUACGUGACGCUAUUCAACUGGGGAGAGUCUUAACCAAUAUCUUGGUCGUGGAUGCUUCUGAUGAUAAACCGUCAACGAAGAAAGCAUACUCUGCCCACGCACUAGAACGUUACUCUGAUGAUAGGAGGCCUUUGGCACUGGAAGUUAUUAGGAUGACGAAACUGUUGACAUGGAUUGCGGCACUGGAAGGUGGUGUAGCUCAAUUGGUGCGAAACACAUUGUUGUGGGUACUGGGAAGCAUGCCUUGGGUUCGUAAUAUGAUGGCUCUGAGGCUUAGUGGGUUGUAACUCAUGGUAGGAUACUGUUUCCGGGGAUGAUUCACAUUUUAAGAUAACCUCGUUCGGCGUACAACAGGACUCUUUCAUUAGGGCUGAUACCUGUGUACAAUCUUCCUUUUCAUUAUUGUAUAAUGCACAUAAUUCCAGAAGCCGGUGCUCUGUAAGGUUAUAUUUUAUCGCUCUUAAACUCAACG